AGAUGUUCGCUCCUGAGAGUAAGUACUAUAAUGUGAACCGAUUGCUUUUGCUAAUAUGCGGUUUGUGGCCCUAUCAGAAGUCAAAGUUGAGAAAUAUUCAGGCUACAUUCUACCUCACCAUUUUAUUCUCAUUUAUAGUGCUCCAGCUUACGACAUUCAUCAGCGCAGACUGCACUAUAAACCUAGUUACGAAAGUGUUAUCGAUCGUUCUUCCCAUAUUUGUAGCCAUCUUAAAACACGGCGCCUUUUUCUAUAAUAACCAAAGAAUGAAAGAUCUUACAAAUUUAAUGUGGUAUCACUGGACUAUACUUCGGGAUAAGCAAGAAAUUGCAAUAUUAAAGAAGUAUACCAAAUUCUCGAGGCGAUUUACGAUUUAUUUGCUACACAUCCUUGCUUUCGGCAUAUCUGUUAUAAUAAUAGGCCACAUAUUGCCAGUGAUUUUGGAUAUACUAGUGCCAUUGAACUCAUCUCGGCCACGACACUUCUACAUUUUAAUAGAAUGCUCUAUUGACGAAGAAAGAUACUUUUUUUGGCUUUUACUACAUACCGUUGUAACUUUAUCAACAGCAAUGAUGAUGAUGGUAUCCGUCGGAACUAUGUUUAUGAGUUACAUUUGCCAUGCUUGCGCAAUGUUUAAAAUUGCUAGCUAUCGCAUCAGAGAUGCAAUAACCGAAAAUGCUAAAGAAGGACCAUCUUUCCAAAAAGAUCAUGCAAUUUAUAAAAACGUUAUCAGUGGAGUGCGUAUUCAAAAGAAAGCUAUAGAGUUUGCUGAUAUGAUUGUGUCCGAUUUAAAAGGGCAUUUUUUCGUAUUGCUCAGUGUGGGGGUAGCUUCGUUAGCUGUUAAUUUAUUUCAGGUUUUCAUCGCGUUAUCUACAAAAAACAUAAAUGAAUUGUUUACAACUUUUACAUUUGUUGCCGCACAAUUCUGCUAUUUAUAUCUUGGGAAUUAUGCUGGGCAGAUAGUUACGGAUCAUUACUCCGAAGUAUUCGACGCGACAUAUGAUUCAUAUUGGUAUAUAACGCCAUUGCGUGUACAGAGAUUGUUAUUGUUCAUAAUGCAGAGAACUUCAAAAAACUUUUCUUUCGUUUUUGGAGGAAUAUUUGUAGUUUCGCUGAAAGGCUUUUCUUCGGUAAUAAAUGCAAUUGACUCUCUAAAAUGGUUACAUUUUAAAUUUUAUUUAAAGGAAAAUUAUAAAUUUACAGCUUGCGAGCAUGUCAAUAUCUUACUUUACGGUGAUUUAUUCCAUAAUUUCGAGAUAAUUUUUAAGAAAUAAAUUCUUUAUUCGCUGAGUUUUGUAUAAGUAUUUGAAUAUUAUCAGAUGGAAAUAUUUGAAUUUCAGGUAAUUUGAUGUUAUUAAUUAUUGUGCACAUAAGAGUAAUUCAUCUUUCAACUCGUUUUAAAUGUUAAUUAAUAUUGUACUAUGUUAUAUUAAAUAUUAAAUAUA